AUGGCGACUGCUAGCAGAUUCUAUGCACUCGUCUUUGUGGCUUUCUCUGCAUUUAGUCUCUCAGUGAGAGGAGAAAGUCAUAGCCAAACCCGAUUUGGCAGGAAAUCUUUUCCUUCAAAUUUUGCUUUUGGACUUGGAUCUGCUUCUUAUCAGUAUGAAGGAGCAGUUAAAGAGGAUGGAAGGGGGAUAAGUAUUUGGGAUACAUUUUCACACACUCCAGGUAAAAUUGUUGAUGGCAGCAAUGGUGAUGUUGCCAAUGAUCAGUACCACCGUUAUAAGGAGGACGUCAAACUUUUGGUUGAUUUGGGAGUUAAGUCAUAUAGAUUUUCCAUUGCCUGGCCUCGCAUCUACCCAAAGGGCAGGGGGAUUGUAAAUAAGAAGGGAAUAGCUUAUUACAAUAAUCUCAUCGAUGAGCUUCUGAAAAAUGGUAUAGAGCCAUUUGUGACAAUAUUCCAUUGGGACCUUCCACAGAUUCUUCAGGAUGAAUAUGGAGGAUUCUUGAGCCAAAAGAUUGUGAAAGAUUUUGUAGCCUAUGCUGACACAUGCUUUGAAGCCUUUGGCGAUCGAGUGAAGAAAUGGGUAACGAUAAACGAACUGUUGAGUAUUGCUCUGUCUGGAUAUAACAAUGGAAAUCACGCGCCUGGCCGGUGCUCCAAAUCAAUUGGAAAUUGUACUGAAGGAGAUUCAGCUACGGAGCCCUAUAUAGUGGCUCAUAAUUUGCUUCUUUCACAUGCUGCAACUGUCAAACUCUACAGAGAGAAAUAUCAGAAAAAGCAGAAGGGCUUGAUAGGCGUCACAGUGGUUACCCACUGGUUCAUUCCAUACACCAACUCUAUAAGCGACCAGAAAGCUACUCGACGGAUUCUUGAUUUCUACCUUGGAUGGUUCAUGGAUCCUCUUACAAGGGGGGAUUACCCAACUACAAUGAGAUCUAAUGUGGGAGCUCGAUUGCCUCACUUCACCAAAUACCAAUCUAAACUGUUGCAGGGAUCAUUUGAUUUUCUGGGUCUCAACUAUUAUGCAGCCUAUUAUGCUAUUAAUAACAACGCCACACCAAAUGCCACGCCCAUUGAUUUGAAUGCUGAUUCUCGAGUCAAUCUUACCGCUGUUAAGAACGGCGUUCUCAUUGGAGCCCAGGCGGGAUCAGAUUGGCUUCACGUAUAUCCACGUGGGAUCAGAGCAUUACUUAACUUCAUGAAAGUUCGAUACGGCAACCCACCGAUUUAUAUCACAGAAAAUGGUAUCGAUGAAAUAAAUAAUGCAAGCAAGCCUUUGAAGGAGUCUUUGAAUGAUACCUGGCGUAUUGACUAUACUUCGAAGCAUCUCUUAAAUAUUUUCCUAGCCAUACGGGAUGGAUGUAAUAUAGUGGGCUACUAUGGAUGGACUUUUCUGGAUGAUUAUGAAUGGGACGGUGGAUACUCAGUGAGAUUUGGGUUUUAUUUUGUGGAUCGUCUUCACAAUCUUACAAGAUAUCCGAAAGCGUCUGCUUACUGGUUAAAGAACUUUCUCAGCCAUUGA